AUGUAUAACCCUCAGGCGAUGGAAGGUCGUAAGGCCUUCCGCAACAACUGGCAAAUCGAAAUGUGGCAGGCGCCCGCGAAGGAGCUUCCAUUCUGCUGCAUCGCCACUUGGUGCUCCCCUUGCGCGUCGUAUUACUUGCGUGACCGCGUGCUCUAUGGCGACAUGUCGAGGUACCAGUGCUGCGGGGGUUUCCUGCCGUGCAGCGGGCACUGCGGGGAGUCCAAGUGUCCCAAGUUCUGCCUGGGCAUGGAGGUGUGCCUGUGCUUCCCCUCGUCCGUCGCCUCCACGCGCUUCCUCAUCCAGGACCAGCUCAAUAUCAUGAACAGCAAGUGCGACAACGGUAUCCUGGCGUUCCUGGUGUGUCUGGAGCAGCUCGCGUGCAUCUUUGCCAUCCUCGCCUGCAUCCUGCAGAGCGACAGCCUCCACGAUGCCGCGCAUGCUCUGCGCUGCAUGGCAGAUGUUGUCUACUGCUCUGUGUGCGCAUGCAUGCAGACGCAGCACAAGAUAGAGUUAGACACCAGAGACUCCCACAACGCUGCCAAUGCUGCACCCAUGGCCCCUCCUCCUCAACAGGCCAUGCAGAGCUAA